GCAUAUAGAAAGAAAGCUUUACCGAAUACAGGUCUAGUAGGUAUAGAGCCGUAAGCGUGGUGGGGGUGCCGGUGCUUAGGCAGAUGCCCCAUUGUUCAUGAUGUUGCAAUGAAUCCAGUGGAUCAUCCUCAUGGAGGAGGUGAGGGGCGCACGAAAGGAGGUAGACCUUCGGUGUCACCUUGGGGAAAGCUCACCAAAGCAGGAUUUCGGGCAGUAGUAGGGGUGGUGAAACUUUAGAUGUCAAAUGCCACCAAUUUUUCUGCUCAAGUUAGAACGUAGUUUUUCGAAGUGAAUUGGCCAGUUCCUUUUAAAAGGAGACUGGUUUCUUUUUAUAAGCGAUUGGCUUCACUUUAGAUUUUUUAUCGUAAUUUCUCUUUGAUUUAUGGGUUGUUAUUUAUUAUUUCGAUUUUUGAUAAACGAAACGAAUCCAAGCCCGACAAGUAGAAUUCCAUUCGGUACCUUUGGGGUUUUCUUUUUCCUUCUGGAUGACGACGUCACCGCGUCUCCUUAUUGUUAUUGCGAUGGUGACGAGGAACAAAGGGCCGGGGAGAUCAUCGAAAUUACCUCUAGCCCGGAGCCAGAGGGGGUCGUCGACACAACGCCAACCCUGGUGGUGGGGCACUUCGAAGGUCUGGAGACCCUCCUUGAGAUUCCCCCUUUACCGGAAACGCCACCCGCAGGUCCUUCCUUAGCUCCAGAAGAAAGGGAGCAAGCCCCCUCUGUUGGCCUAAACCUCGAUCCAUCCCAGAGUAGCCGCCGGCUGGACGGCGGCGAACGGGGGGCAAACUCCUCAAAACGAAGUUCUACUUUGUCUUUGGAAGAAUUGGAAGAAUCGGACUCUAAGUUUAAAGUAGGAGUAGAGUCUUUAGAGGCUCGCUUAGAAGGAAUAAAGAGAAAAAAGCAACUGCAAGCGUUCGGGGCUUCUCCUUUUGAGACCGCGAAAGCAGAGCUGGUUACGUCCAUUGGGGAAAAUUCCCAGUUUCGUGUGGGACUGCUUUUGUCUCUGGAUGUCAAAUGCCCCUUGACGGGCAAACGGGAGGCUCUCGAAAAGACGAUAGAGGCCAUCUUGAAAUGCCAAGGGAAGCCCACAGACUCCCUAGCGUCUCUACUCGACCUAAAAUGCGAUCUCGAGGACCCCGAAAAACUCGAGACCGCUCUCCGUCCAUAUUUAGGACGGUUAGGGCGAUUUUUUAAGAAAUAAAAACCUUCUGUCGAUUUAUCCACACUUCCAUGACUUCUAGAGGAAAGCUAACUGCUUGCUGGCUGGGAGCUGUAUGAGCGGUAACGUCCACGUACGGCUCCGUGAGAAGGUGGACGGAAAUGGCCUUGUUGUACCUCACUCCCGUCUUCAAUGGGGUCUGCUCUUUUUUUUUUAGGAGAGUAUGCCAAUAUGAUCUUAAUGAGGUGCGGGGCUUUGCAUCUGACAUUCGUUGGGCUUUCCUCUGCGGGAGCCCGCGUCCCGGCCUUUUUGUGCAAUAAACCCCUCCGGCCGAAGACUAGUGAUAGGUGGUCCCGCGGAGCUUUCGGAGAAGGGUAGCCUAGUGUGUAAGCACAGCAAUGAACCGCGGCGAACCCUCAGACGACCCUUCUAAGAUAAGGGGGGAGAUCCUCAGUAGUGGUGACCCUUUGACUCUUCCACUGACUUAUAUAUGUACCGAAUGCUCAUACGGGAAAGUGAACUCCUGGGUCUGGAACCUGGGGGGGUUGCUCCGAUAAAAAAUCCUUUCUUUCUCGUCCACUCUAGGGGGUGCGGACACACCUGCGCGGAUUACAGGUGACGGUUACAAGAAUGGCGGGGAAGUGAAGAGUACCCGACGACAUUCAGGGAUGAAUGUAGACCCAUCGGGCGGGGAUAAUCAUUCCGGUCCUGGGAGAGGUGGCGACACCAGUCUGAGCUGAGGGAAGCCAGCCAAUUGAGUCACUGAAACGACCGCAGGAGGCGCACCCUAAGCCCAGCUUCUCGGAGCUGCUAUUGCGAAAUACGGCUUCCUUAAUAUCCAAAUUUCAACAAGGGGGCUGGGCUGCUCGCCUUCAUAGAAAGGCGACCGGGCCUAGAUUAGAUGUUCGCCUUUUUAUAGAAUAGAAAGAGAAGGUAAAGGGGGGGGGGUUUGGAGAUUCUUUCAAGAAUGCAUGGCUUCCUCCUAUUCCGCUUCAACAGAAGCCCUUAAAAUCCUGCUGCUAUGGCAGCAAGGGUUAUCCAUUUCAUAGGCGAGGGUGGGGGAGAAGCAAGCCGAACCUCUGAUCGACCCGGACACGUCAAAAAUUCUCGGCGCCGAGAGAAAGACGAGAUUCAGUAAGUAAUUCAGUGAGUGCUUUCUUUUAUAAGAAGAGCGUCGGCUUGGAAGAAGAAAAUGAAAUACGAACAACCGCGCUGGUUGUAAUAGAUCGACUUGAAUGCGUCUUCUUGCUCCAGCAUUCAAGUUCCAUUUCAAGGGAGGACGACGUACCAUGAUACUUUCUGUUUUGUCGAGCCCUGCUUUGGUCUCUGGUUUGAUGGUUGUACGUGCUAAAAAUCCGGUACAUUCCGUUUUGUUUCCCAUCCUAGUCUUUUGCGACACUUCUGGUUUACUUAUUUUGUUAGGUCUCGACUUCUCCGCUAUGAUCUCCCCAGUAGUUCAUAUAGGAGCUAUUGCCGUUUCAUUCCUAUUCGUGGUUAUGAUGUUCAAUAUUCAAAUAGCGGAGAUUCACGAAGAAGUAUUGCGCUAUUUACCAGUGAGUGGUAUUAUUGGACUGAUCUUUUGGUGGGAAAUGUUCUUCAUUUUAGAUAAUGAAACCAUUCCAUUACUACCAACCCACAGAAAUACGACCUCUCUGAGAUAUACGGUUUAUGCCGGAAAGGUACGAAGUUGGACUAAUUUGGAAACAUUGGGCAAUUUACUUUAUACCUACUAUUCCGUCUGGUUUUUGGUUUCUAGUCUGAUUUUAUUAGUUGCUAUGAUUGGGGCUAUAGUACUUACUAUGCAUAGGACUACAAAGGUGAAAAGACAGGAUGUAUUCCGACGAAAUGCCUUGGAUUCUAGGAGCCAUAUAAUGAACAGGACUAUUUCUCCUUUUGGCCAUAGCCAUAGAAGAAGCUUCUCCUCCGGAGCGGGGGGACCGCCUGACAAUUACAAAGAAACCUUUAAAAUGUGGAUUUAGUGCUCAGAAUAUAAGGAUUUCCCUGGCUUAAAAUGCAAGAUAGACAGACUUCUUGCAUUCCUUGAGCCUGGGGAGAUCCUAUUCAUGGUAAACACGUUCCCCCGGGACUUUCCUCUGCUCGAGAUCUUAGAACCCCAGGAUAUCCGAAAUAUAAUUGCUCACUCGCACAAGCAGUGGAAGCCACCCAAAAAGGGAGGCUAGUAAUUUUUUUGGUAGGUUUGUAUUGUUUCUCGAAUUGGUAGGUUUCUCGAAGUAGUUUUAGUAGGUUUCUCAGGAAAUAGAGAUGCCGAGGCCCCUACUUACCUUAUGGGUAGGUAGGGGGAAGGAAGAGUGGGUCAGAGGGCUUCCUUCACAGUGCAUACC